AGACCGGCCCGGGAGGACAUGCUGCCAAAUAGUGAUCCAUAGCUGCUGGUGGUCUCCUGAGGGGGCUGCGGGGUCCGGGGGCCGUCCCCACACACCGCACCUGCCCGGACAGAGCUCCCCGCCUCCCUCCGGCCUCCCAGCAGCGCCGCACCGCCGGUGGGGCCGCUCCUCGGGCCGCGAGGUGCAGCUGACCCCGUUCCCUGUCUCCUGUGUCCCUGCCCGUUCCCAAGCUGGCGAUGUCCCGGGUGCCCAGUCCCCCCCCUCCGGCAGAGAUGUCCAGCGGGCCGGUGGCCGAGAGCUGGUGCUACACACAGAUCAAGGUGGUGAAGUUCUCCUACAUGUGGACCAUCAACAACUUCAGCUUCUGCCGGGAGGAGAUGGGGGAGGUCAUCAAGAGCUCGACCUUCUCCUCUGGGGCCAACGACAAACUCAAGUGGUGUUUACGUGUGAACCCCAAGGGUCUGGACGAGGAGAGCAAGGAUUACCUGUCCCUGUACCUGCUGCUCGUGAGCUGCCCCAAGAGCGAGGUCAGGGCCAAGUUCAAGUUCUCCAUCCUCAAUGCCAAGGGAGAGGAGACCAAGGCCAUGGAGAGCCAGCGCGCCUAUCGCUUCGUGCAAGGCAAGGACUGGGGCUUCAAGAAGUUCAUCAGGAGAGAUUUCCUGCUGGACGAGGCCAACGGGCUCCUGCCAGAUGACAAACUGACCCUGUUCUGUGAGGUGAGCGUGGUGCAGGACUCGGUGAACAUCUCUGGCCAGAACACCAUGAACAUGGUGAAGGUGCCCGAGUGCCGCCUGGCCGACGAGCUGGGCGGGCUCUGGGAGAACUCGCGCUUCACCGACUGCUGCCUCUGCGUGGCUGGCCAGGAGUUCAAGGGCCACAAAGCCAUCCUGGCAGCACGAUCGCCCGUGUUCAGCGCCAUGUUCGAGCACGAGAUGGAGGAGAGCAAAAAGAACCGGGUUGAGAUCAACGAUGUGGAGCCCGAGGUGUUUAAGGAAAUGAUGUGUUUCAUUUACACUGGGAAGGCCCCAAACCUGGACAAGAUGGCAGAUGAUCUGCUGGCUGCUGCUGACAAGUAUGCCCUGGAGAGGCUCAAGGUGAUGUGUGAGGAUGCUCUCUGCAGUAACCUGUCCGUGGAGAACGCAGCUGAGAUCCUGAUCCUGGCUGACCUGCACAGCGCAGACCAGCUCAAAACCCAGGCUGUGGACUUCAUUAAUUACCACGCCUCGGACGUGAUGGAGACGUCUGGCUGGAAGUCCAUGGUGGUGUCCCACCCUCACCUGGUGGCCGAGGCCUAUCGCUCGCUGGCCUCGGCGCAGUGCCCGUUCCUGGGCCCGCCCCGCAAGCGGCUGAAGCAAUCCUAAAGCCGGCCCCUUGAUCCCGAGCUUUUCUGGAAGCGGCCCCGGCUGCGCCGCCGCUGCUGCCCAGCCCUUUGACCAGCGGGGAGCCCGGCGAGACCCGCGGAGAGCUUGGACUCUGUUCUUGGGGGGAAGAGGCUGCUGCUCCGUGUGACUCCAGACUUUGUCCAACAGCACCGAGAAACUUUGGGAAAAGGGGGGAGGGUGGGCUCGGGGGCUGUUCCUGCGAUUCCCUGUGUCUGUUGUGUUCCCUUGCACCCGCCUGAGGCCCCUCCAGGCUGGGGAUCCUGCCCCCGGGGGCUCUGUGUGUGGGGGGGGGAUGCCCGGGGCCAGAGAGGACUUUUGAAGGGCAGAACUUCCACCGAGGUGGUUUUGGGGUUUUUUUUGUUUGUUUGGGGUGGGUUGUUUUUGUUUUGUUUUUUUUUUUUUUUUUGGUUGGUUGGUUUUUUGUUUGUUUGGGUGUUUUUUUUUGUUGUUUUUGUUUGUUUGGGGGUUUUUUGUUUGUUUUUUUUGUUUGUUUGUUUUGUUUUGUUUUUGUUUUUUUUGUGGGGAGGAAAUGUCCCCCCGAGGGGGAGCUCCAGGAAUAUUUAUGGCAAACUUUGGUUCCCAAAGUCCUGGUGGGCCAAGCUGAGCUGAGCUGAGCAGAGCUGGACGUGGUGUUUGUGUCCUGCUGCCCCUCAGCCAGGAGCUGAAUUUGCUGUUUUAGCACUUGUGUGUCCAUUGCAAACAGAGAAAAAAAAAAAAAAAAAAAAAAAAAAAAAAAAGGAAAAAAAAAAGUUUAAAAGCCCCUUUAGGUGAGAAAUCAGAGCUCAGCACGAGGGGCUGUGCUGGGAGAGGACCGAGAGCGGCACCGACGGUUUCUGUUUUAAACCUUGUGGGGAAUGUUCUGGGCAUUUUUCCCUGCUUUAUUUCCCCUUUCCUCCCGAUUUCUUUCAUGAAAACAACAACAAAAAAAACCAAAACAAAACAAAAAAAAAAAAAAACCCAACCCCGAAGCCCCUCCCAAGUUGAAUUUCACUGCUGCGUGCGACGUCCCCGUGGUUCUUACACUGUUUGUACCUGGUCUGGCUGUCUGGGGCCAGCCCUGUCCCUUUCUAUUUAGUCACUUCUUACAGCAGAGAUCUUUCAAUAGCUGGGAAAUCUUUUUUGUUUUUCAUUUGGAAAAAAAAAAAAAAAUAUAAAUAAUUCCUAUUUUGUACCCUGUGGUAUCUCUGGCCUUCUUCUUUUCGUUGUUUUUAUUUUUAAUUCCUGUUUUUAAGCUUCUUCAGGUUCUCCUCUGUGUCCCUGCUGGUUCCUGGAAGCCAGGAGAGAUUUUUUUUUUUUUUUUUUUUUUUUUUGGGAAUGUUGCACAGGGAAUUUCAAUACAAAUCUGUAGUUUCUCCUUACAGGUGAGGCCAAAAUUGCAGAGUUUUUAAUGAUUCCUGCAGGAUUCCAGCCCUGGGUCCCCAAAUCCCCUGGGAGGGGAACGGGAGCAGUUCCAGAGGGAUCUGAAAUCCUCCCUCCAUUUUCCUCCAUCUCCAUCCUGGUGCCCCAAAUCCCCCCACUUGUUCCUAAUGACCUUUUUUUGAAGUUAAUUUAAUAUUAAGACAUUUAAUUAGAGAGGGUUUGGUUGGAUUUAUUUAUUCUUUCUGACCUGCUGCCCACUUGGCUCCUUGGCUGCAAUUCCAGGCUCAGGCUGCAGGAAAUUUGGCAAUCCCAGAUUCUUGGGUGUGUUUGAUUUACGUUUAAUUGAAAUAGAAAUAUAAAUUUAAUUU